AUGGAUCAGUUACUGAUUUUAUACAGUAGUCCAAUAAAAACAGAUGAUUUAAAAUGUUUACCAUUCCUUGCUUCGUUUAAUUUAGUUAAUGGAUUUGCUAACCCAUCAAUUUUACAAACAAAUUCAUAUAACACAAACUUGAAAAAAAUUAAAUGGAGUUCUUAUAUUCCUUUUGAUAUUGAUUUUGAAAUUGGUAAUUUAGAUUCAUUAGAUUGGGGAAGUUCUCAAACUAGUCACAUUUCAACAAUUACUCCAUAUUCUUUAAAAAAUGUUAGAAUUUUUAAUUCUAAAUCAAAUGUUAAUCUUGUUCCAGGUACAAAUUCAGGUUAUGUAAAUAAUUAUACAAUUUCAUAUUCUGGUAAUUCAAAUAAUAUGCCAGAUUUAACAAAUAUGAUUAAUGUUGGAACAAUUUCAAUGAAUUUCGCAUUAUCAUUUAAUGAAUCAUCUUUUAUUAAUAUGAAUGGAUAUUCUAAUGUAUUAAAAACAAUUUUAAUUUCAAGUUCAACAAUAAUGAGAUUCCCAUAUGAAUUAGCAAAUGGUGUACCAAGAGAUUAUUUAUACAUUAAUUCUGAUGGUUUAAAAGCACCUUCUUCACUAAUUGAUUUAUCAAAUAUUCCAUAUAUUAGUAUGUUUCAAAUUUUAAAAAUGGGUCAAGAUUUUAAUUAUCAAGGUAAUUUUCCAUUUUCUAAAUUACCUUUAAAAUGUCAUUUUGCUAAAGGUAAUACACCAAAUGUUGAUUGGCAAAUCUUUGAAAAUGUAACAGGUAUAAUGUUACAAGAUUUAAAAAUUAUUACACCAUUCCCACCAUCAAAUCCAUUUAGUCCAUUAGUUACAUCAUUUGAUGUUAGUCAAAAUCAAAUUGCAGGUCAAGUUGAUGAAUCAUGGUGCUCAGUUUUAUUAACUUUAAAUAAAAAUUUAUUCACUGGUGUGAUUCCAAAUUGUUUUUAUUGUUACUUGAAUAUUCAAUCAAUUGGUAAUAGCUUUGCUCAAAAUAAUUUUGAUAAUUAUAAUACCACAAAUAACAAAUGUGGUUAUGAUAUCAUUGUACCAUAUGUUUAUUAUAAUAAAACAUCAACAUUAUUGACACUUAGAGGUAAAAAUUUAGGUUGGGUACAAACUAAUUUUAAAACAUCAACUUGUGUAAUUAUUUUCACUGAUCGAUUUACUGUAGUUGGAUGUACAGGAACAUAUAUGAAUGUAACAUUUGUAAAUCAAAAUUUAAAUUUUACAUUAUCAUUAGAUGGUACAGAACCAAUAAUUAGUAAUGUUAUUCAAACAAAUAAUACAUUUAUAAUUAGUGGAUCCUAUUUUGCAUAUGAACCAUCAAUUAUCAAUGUUACAAUUGAUGGAGAGUCACCAUUAAAUUGUGAAUUUACAAAUUCAAGUAUAAUUCCAACAUUUUAUAGUAUUCAAUGUGAUAUUGGAUAUCCAGUGGUUGAAUAUGGGUUAAAGAAUUUAACAGUACAAGUAAAUAGUUUAGUUUCAAAACCAUAUGAAUUUAGUCUUGAUUAUACUAAAGUGCCAUGUCCAAUUUCAGAUUGUAAUGGUAAUGGUAUUUGUAAUGAUCAUAUUGGUGUUUGUGAAUGUUUUAAUGAUUGGAAAACAAUUGAUGAUGAAAUUUGUACAGUUGCAAUUCAUUAUUUAUCAGCAUAUACUCAAACAUCAGAUAUCGAUGGUGGUAUCAUUAAUUUAUAUGGUUUCUUUGGUGAUAUUCAUAAUGAUUAUAAAGUUUUAAUUGAUGGUAUUCAAUGUCCAAUCGAAGUUGCACCAACAUCAACAGUUUUUACAAUUUCAGUUGACUCUGGUACAAUUGGUACAAAUUCAUCAAUUGAAAUCAUUCAAAAUGAUUUAUCAUUCCAUGGUACAAUCUAUCCAUAUGAAAAUUUAAUUAAAGAAUGUCCAUCGAAUUGUAAUGGUAUCAGCAAUGGUAAAUGUAAUAGUACAACUGGUGAAUGCACUUGUAAUGAAGGUUUCAUCGGUGUUGAUUGUAUCAAACUCACAAAUUAUACAUUACCAACCAUCACAUCAUCAAUUUCAAAUGUUGGUUUAUUAUUUAAAAGUGAACAAACUGUUUUUAUAGCUUCAUUUUAUUCAUUUGUUGAAGUUGAUUACACUGGUACCAUUAUUAAAUCAGUUGUAAUAAGUUCAUGGGAACCUGAAAAUAUUAACCAAGGUAUUAAAUACACUGGUUCAUCGUCAAAUAGUGAUGGUGUUUUUGAAAUUACAUUUUUAAAAGUACCAACAAAUCAACAAUUUUCAUUUGCAGGUAAUGAAUUCAACAUUGGAGCAGGUGGUGCUAAAAUGUCAAUAACAGUUUCAAAUUACACAUAUUCAAACCAAUCAAAUUAUUUAGUCGCGGCUAUGCAAGCUAAAGCUGAGUCAGAUCCAAGAUCACCAAUUCAAAAUAAGUGUAAUAAUGGUACAAUCGUAAUUACAUCACAAUCAAAUAGUAAUUUAACUUUAAAUAAUUAUAAUUAUUUUACAAUUUCAAAAGAUGCUAAAAGAUUAUCAAUUAGAUUACAAGAUAGAUUAAUAUCAGAUGGUCAAGCAACUUUUAUGGUAAAUCAACUUAAUAUUCAACAACCUGAUCAUAGUUUAUUAUUUGGUAUGUCACUCCCACAUUGUGGUAAACAAUGUUCAAUCGAUGGUCCUGAUUUUAUUGUUAACAUUGAAUCAAAUUAUAAAGUUUUAAGUUCAUGUUCACCACAACCAACAUCAACACCAAAAUCAAGCUCUGAAGAACCAUCUUCUUCAUUAAAACAACAAUCUUUAAUUUCUUUUAUUUUAAUAAUAUUUUUAAUUUCAUCAAUUAUUUUAAAUUAA